GUCAGAGGAUUCCAACCACCUCUGAUGCACGCACAAUAACCAACUGUCGGUCCCCAAACCCUAGCCAAUAUGGAUGACGACCUGUUUGGCGUCUUUGACGAACAGCCGCAGGCUGUUGCGCCUACCGCGAAUAGGCCCAAGAAAGCUAAGCAUGAGAAGAAAGACAGGAGCAAGAAGAGGACCGCAAAUGGCGACGUUAAGGAUCUCGCAGAUGGGAAAGAUCAAGAUGCUGAACAGGCGGAUGCCUCACCUGCAGUGGAAGCUGAGGAUGAGGACACGGAUGCCCUGAUUGAGAAGAAGGAUACUAAGAGACGUCGCAAGGAAGACGAAGCAGCGCCAGUUGUUACAGAUACGUUCGAAACAGAACAAUCAAGACAAGUUGUCGCGUCAGCAGGUUUACAAGGCAAAGAUGACGGAGCUUUGGUACUUCAGCAUAACAUCCAACAUCAAGUCUCCCUUCCACCAGAUUACCCCUACGUUCCAAUUUCGCAACACAAGUCACCUGAACACCCCGCUCGAACCUGGCCUUUCGAAUUAGAUCCUUUCCAGAAAGUUGCUAUUGCUUCAAUUGAACGAGGUGAAAGUGUACUUGUCUCGGCGCAUACUAGUGCAGGGAAGACAGUGGUUGCAGAGUACGCCAUUGCGCAAAGUUUGAAGAAUAACCAGAGGGUCAUCUACACAAGUCCGAUCAAAGCACUGAGCAAUCAAAAAUACCGAGAGUUUAUGGCAGAGUUUGGAGAUGUUGGUCUCAUGACUGGAGAUGUUACUAUCAACCCUACAGCGACGUGCCUGGUCAUGACAACAGAAAUUCUUCGAUCUAUGCUAUAUCGAGGUUCUGAGAUUAUGCGUGAAGUUCAAUGGGUAGUGUUUGAUGAGAUUCACUACAUGAGAGACAAGACUAGAGGUGUAGUCUGGGAAGAGACGAUUAUCCUAUUGCCAGACAAAGUCCGAUAUGUCUUCCUCUCUGCCACUAUUCCCAAUGCAAUGCAAUUUGCAGAGUGGAUUACGAAAACUCACCAACAGCCUUGUCAUAUCGUUUACACGGAUUUCCGACCUACUCCUUUACAGCACUACUUUUUCCCUGCAGGCUCAGAUGGAAUCCAUUUGGUAGUCGAUGAGAAGGGGAACUUCAAAGAAGACAAUUUCCAAAAGGCCAUGGCCACCAUUGAAGAAAAGAAAGGAGCCGACCCAGCAGACAUCAAUGCCAAGCAGAAAGGUCGCGGCAAGGAUAAGAAGACGAAUAAGGGCGGGAAUAAGGAAGGAUCUGAUAUCUACAAAAUCGUACGAAUGAUCAUGGUGAAGCACUAUAACCCGGUUAUUGUCUUUAGCUUCAGCAAACGAGAAUGCGAGGCAUACGCUUUGCAAAUGAGCUCCAUGGCAUUCAAUGAUGAAUCAGAGAAGGCGAUGGUGUCUAAAGUCUUUGAGAGCGCCAUCGAGUCUUUGUCGGACGAAGACAAGCAACUCCCUCAAAUCGCAAACAUCCUACCUCUGCUUCGUCGCGGUAUCGGAGUCCAUCAUUCUGGUUUGCUGCCAAUUCUGAAAGAGACGAUUGAAAUUCUGUUCCAAGAAAACUUGAUCAAAGUGCUUUUUGCUACAGAAACUUUCUCUAUUGGUUUGAACAUGCCUGCCAGGACUGUUGUUUUUACCGCUGUCGAGAAAUUUGAUGGCGAAAAAAUGCGGUACCUAACCCCAUCCGAAUUCAUACAAAUGUCCGGCCGAGCAGGAAGAAGAGGUCUUGAUGAUAGAGGUAUCGUCAUUAUGAUGGUCAAUGGCAAGAUGGAACCGACCACUGCAAAGGAGAUUGUGCGUGGUCAACAAGACAAGCUGAACUCGGCCUUCUAUCUUGGCUACAACAUGAUCCUCAACUUGAUGCGAGUCGAGGGCAUUUCACCAGAGUUUAUGCUGGAGCACUGUUUCUACCAAUUCCAACAUACUUCAAGUGUCUCUGGACUGGAGGAGGAACUUCGGAAUUUACAGAUUCAAAGAAAUGAAUUUGAAAUUCCUGAUGAAGCUACAAUAAAGGAGUACUAUGAGCUCCGACAGCAAAUCACUACCUACACUAAUGACAUGCGCGAUGUCAUCAACCAUCCCAAUUAUUGCUUGCAAUACAUGCAACCCGGCCGACUCGUUCAUAUCAAGUAUCUGGAUCAAGACUUUGGAUGGGGUGCGGUUGUGAAGUUCACACCUCGCAAGCCGGCUCAGAACCAGGACGAAGAUUUCACUCCACAACAGUCAUAUAUUCUGGAUGUCUUAUUAAACGUCUCUGAAAACACUUCUGUCGGGACCAAGACAUCUACUGACUUGCCCAUCGGCAUCCGACCUCCUAGCGCAGGCGAGAAGGGCAAGAUGGAAGUUGUUCCAGUAUUGCUCUCCUGCAUUGAAGCCAUUGCCCAUGUGCGCAUAUUCCUUCCGAAAGACCUCAACCCCGCUGAACAACGCAACACGGUCCGCAAGUCGAUUGAAGAAGUUAAGCGUCGAUUUCCAGAUGGGAUUGCAGUUCUUGAUCCUAUAGAAAAUAUGGGUAUCACCGAUGAUUCUUUCAAGAAACUUCUCCGCAAAAUUGAAGUCCUCGAAUCCCGCCUUCUUUCCAACCCCCUACACAACUCACCCCGCCUACCACAACUCUACGAACAGUAUGCCGAAAAGAUGGAGAUUGGACGAAAGAUCAAGGAAAAGAAGAAAGAGAUCACUUCGGCUUUAGUUGUAGAGCAACUUGAUGAGCUCAAGUCUCGUAAGCGAGUGUUACGUCGCCUGGGCUUCACUGAUGACCAGGAAAUUGUGCAACUGAAAGCUCGUGUUGCUUGCGAGAUUUCCUCCACUGGCGAUGGGCAUGAACUGCUCCUCUCGGAACUUAUGUUCAACCGCUUCUUCAACGAGCUUAGUCCGGAAAUGUGCGCCGCAGUACUCACUUGUUUUAUCUUUGAAGAGAAGUGCAAGGCUCCGCCGCUCAAGGAGGAGCUGGACAAACCGUUUAGAGAAAUCCAGGCUCAGGCGCGGAUCAUUGCCAAGGUCAGCCAGGAAAGCAAGUUGAAGAUAAAUGAAGAGGAAUAUGUGAAGAGCUUCAAAUGCGAGCUGAUGGAGGUUGUCCUGGCUUGGGCUCAAGGAAAGAGUUUUGCUGACAUCUGUAAAAUGACAGAGAUCUACGAAGGGUCCCUGAUUCGCCUCUUCCGUAGACUCGAAGAGUUGCUGCGGCAAAUGGCACAAGCCGGUAAAGUUAUGGGUUCUGAUGAACUAGCAGCCAAGUUUGAGGAAUCUCUCGUGAAGAUUCGGAGAGACAUUGUUGCUGCUCAGAGUUUGUACCUGUAAGUCGAUGGUUUUGAUCUGGAUUUCUGGAUUAGAAUCGUUGGUGUAGUGAACUUGGUCAAAUGGGAAAAGCAUGGUUGGGCGGAGCAUGGAGUUAUUUGUGUAUGAGCUAGGCGGUUGCAUUGAAGAUUUCGACAUCAUCCUUUGUUGGCGUGUGGAUAUAUUCAUCCAUACCUGAUAUUGCGGAGGUCCAUAUCCUUGAGGGUAUGGCGGACCGUAUUCAGAUAGAGCACUAGAUAUUCUAAUGAAGCUGCUUCCCGCUGGGGUCGUCGGCUCUGUACGACCACCCUCCGCCAUCC